AUGGCAAACACUACUGCGAGCAAGUUAUUUGAAAAGAUUAUUGAAGGAAGCCAAAUUAUAAACAAGCAUGAUUAUAAUUUAUUUGGCGAUUUUCAAUCAAUUAGUAUAAGCCCGUUUCGGACUGUUCACACCGCAAAAUGGAAAGGUUCUACUUACGUUCUUAAAAGCUUAAAUAUUAACAACAAUGAAAUUAUUAGCAAUGGAGUUGUUGCAGAGAUCACCAAAUUUAUUAACAAUAAAACUAUUCCCAAAACUAUUACCAAUGAAACUAUUACCAAUGAAAAUAUUACCAAUGAAAUUAUUACCAAUGAAAUUAUUAACAAUGAAACUACAAAUGAAAAAUUAAUUAGAGCAUUUAUUAAUGAGCUUCAGAAUCUCGUUGCUCUUGACAAACAUGAAAAUCCAAACAUCAUCGAAUUUUAUGGGGUUACAAAAG